GCUGGAAAGAGGGGAAAGCAAACAAUUUUUAGGCCCGCCGCGUCCAGCAAAAAAUAUGAGAAAAAAAUUAUUAAAAAUCCGGGGAAUAGUUGAAAGUGAAGAAAAACGCCGUAGAAAGGAUGUUAACGCUCCCACGGGCCUUGAGUCUCUGCUGUAUUGAAGAUUUGGGCUUUCUAUCUCUGUCUGUGCUGGGACACAUCGCACGUGUCCACCACAUGGCUUGCUGCCGCUAAGUUGCAAUGGCAACUGUCACUCCUAAUGACUGCCCCACCACGGCAGAACGCUGUCGAGUGAGGAAGAGGAGGGUGGAGGGGAAAGCAAGGAAGAACUUCUCCUGUCAGUUGUGUGAGAAGCCCUUCAACAGCUUGGAGAAGCUGAAGGUGCACUCCUACUCCCACACAGGAGAGAGGCCGUAUCGCUGCACACACACCGACUGCACCAAGGCCUUCGCCUCCAAGUAUAAACUGCUCCGGCACAUGGCCACACACUCGCCAGAAAAGACACACAAGUGCAGCUACUGCGAGAAGAUGUUCCACCGCAAAGAUCACCUGAAGAACCACCUCCACACGCAUGACCCCAACAAGGAGGCUUUCAGCUGCACGGAAUGUGGUAAGAGCUACAAUACCAAGCUGGGCUUUCGACGGCAUCAAGCCCUGCACGCCGCACACCGCGGAGACCUCACCUGUCAGGUGUGUCUGCAGCAAUACCCAAGCACCCCCCUACUGCUGGAGCACCUGCGCGGCCAUGCCGGAAAAAGCACUACGGCGACUAAGGAGAAGCGCCAUCAAUGUGAGCACUGCGAGAGGCGUUUUUACACCCGUAAGGACGUGCGACGGCACUUGGUUGUGCAUACGGGACGCAAGGACUUCCUGUGCCAGUACUGCGCCCAACGGUUUGGCCGCAAAGACCAUUUGACCCGCCAUGUCAAGAAGAGCCAUGCUCACGAGCUGCUAAGGGUUAAGGCAGAGCCUGUGGAUUUGAUGGAGCCACGUUCCUCGCCAACAUCUGGGCCUCUUGCUUUGAGAUAUCCGCUAGGUCACGCAUCUUACUCGCCACCGCCGCCCUUGAGGGCGGAGCUUGAAAGUUAUCUCCUAGAGCUACAGGCCGAGGAUACGCCCAAGCUGAGUGCUGCUGCCACAGCGACUGGAGAGACGACGACAUCCCUGGACUUCCUGUCUCCACUGUUUAAUUAUCUGCCUUACAACCAAGGGGCGGGGGCUGCUUUGGGAGUGCCUUACAGCCAGGAGGAGGGGCUACCUCUACCCACGCCCAUGCAAGACAUGCCGGAGUCUCUUAGCCUCCUUCACACAAUCACGCACUCACACACGUUCUCACAAACCAACGCACACACUCCCACUUAUACACACCCGCCAACUCUGAAUACAACCACCACCCUGCCUCGCUUCCACCAGGCUUUCCAGUAACCCAAAUAGAUACACACAUUUAUUAUUAUUAUAGCACUUAAUUACUUUUAUAAUCAACUUAGCCCUUAAUCCAAUUCAAACAACCUGGUCUCAUAGAAUCCCGUUAAUAUACCAACAUUUUUCAAAAGGAUUUUUGCGUGGCUCGUUGUACGUAUCGCAGCAGUUUCCUGGUGAAAAAAACACUAGAGGUGCUACAACAACAAAGACUUAUUCACUCACACAAAUCAAAAGAAAAAUGGCAGACUAUCAGUUCAUAAACAUCUAAACACUUUUACUAUAGUGCAUGACUUGUAAGGCAAUACUUUUUUUAAUGUUUGCAUUUACAAGCUUGUACAGGUGUGACCAAUUUGCACGGUAGCUCAACUGAUAGAGCGUUGCACCUGUGAUAUGGGGUACGAGUCCUGAAGAGCACGCAAGUCGAUAUGUGAGCCAAAAGUGUUAUAUAAGCACCACUAAAUGAUGCGGUUGUUUCAGCAAUUGCAUUUUUCAUGUCACAUUUGCUUUUUAUGACACUAUCGUUUAGGUUUAGGUUUAAGGUUUAGGGUAGGGAGGUCGUUUUUUGUAUACCUUUAUAGAGCAUUAACCUUAAAAAUCUCCUCUUUUUGGGAGAAGAUGUAACUCGCUUUUAGUGCCACACAGUGAACAUUUCACCUCGGAACUGCCACGAUUCGUGAGGAUAUAGCUGCAGACAUUACUCCAAAAAGGGGUGGGAUCUCCAAACCUCCAUUAAACAUGUAGGGAGCCCCUUACCUAACCCUUUCUCUAACCUUAACCGUGAGUGGAACUGACGCCCCCUUUUGGAGUUGGCACAACCCCCUUUUGGAUGAACCACACCCCCUUCUGGAGUAACCCCACCCUCUUUUGGAGAUCCUGCCCCCAUAUGGAGGUCUCCGGCCUGCAGCUAUGCCUUCUUGUGAUUCGUCUAAUCAUUUUGUAAAAAUGUCACCACAUUGGCGUAAUUUUCAGGCUGAAUGAGAUCAGGCUGGAUUCAAACAGGCACAGAGCCUCACUAAUACUCGCCAAGGCAGCAAUCACCUUCCUCAAGCCAGUGCUGCAUUUCGAAGGUAUCUCUUAAGGACAAUGUCACACUUUAGGUCAUUUCAAGGGAUUACAAAUGCAUUUCAUAUUUGAGUUUCUGAACAGAGGUGUUUUAGCAAUCAUUUUUAGCAAUGGAGGAUGCCAAACAUCGCCUGACAACUGUAACUAAACAUGAAAUACGCUGUUUAUUAUGAGUGAUUUUUUAGAGCAGGGCUCAGUUUGCAGUGAUGUUUCGCUCACAAAAUCGACAGAGAGCAUAGCUUUUAAAGUCCUCUCAUUAGCACUUUGAACUUCUGUUGGUGUUGAAGUUCCAUCAAAGCUACAAGAUAUUUUGUCUAAUGUUGUUUUCGUCUGUUCAUUGUAAGGCUCAUAAACUGUGGGGUACCAGCGUUUUAGUGACCGUGUCACAACUCUUCACAGCCAAAGGCAACCAAACCCCUCAUAGCUAUAGAGUGGAAGGCUCAUCUCGUUACGUUUCUUGUUUCGGAUUGUUGUUUGUUUCGUUUUCGUUUUUCAUGGCUGUAUGCCUUCAUGCUGCUGCUCGUUUUAAGGGCCUCAAAAGGACACCUGCGCAGAACUGCUUCACAAUACAAACCAAGGGAAAGAUGAACAAAGACUCAUUCUCACACAUAUAUACACACCCUCUUUCUCUCUUUCUCUCUCUUAAAGAAAUAAUUCACCCCACAAUGAAGAUUCUGUCAUUAUUUGCUCACCCUCAUGUCAGUCCAAACCCGUAGGCUAUUAUGUUUUCCAUGGAACACAGAAGUACACAUUUUUUAUAAUCUGUAUGCAGCUCUUUCCAUUCUUCUUAGUGUCCACGAAUGUCAAACUUUAUUUUAAAAUUAAUAUUAUACAUUUUAUUUGUGUGGCACCUUUUAUACAUCAAGUGCAGUGUAGGGUACGUUACUUUUAAAAAGUAUUCCACUGGGGCCUGGGUAGCUCAGUGGUAAAAGACGCUGGCUACCACCCCUGGAGUUCGCAAGUUCGAAUCCCAGGGCAUGCUGAGUGAGUCCAGCCAGGCUUCCAAAGCAACCAAAUUGGCCUGGUUGCUAGGGAGGGUAGAGUCACAUGGGGUAACCUCCUUGUGGUUGCUAUAAUGUGGUUCGUUCUUGGUGGGGCGCAUGGUGAGUUGAGUGUGGAUGCAGCGGUGAAGCCUCCAUGGCGUGAAGCCUCCAUGGCUAUGUCUCCGUGGCAAUGCACUCAACAAGCCACGUGAUAAGAUGCAUGGGUUGACGGUCUCAGACGCGGAGGCAACUGGGAUUCGUCCUCCGCCACCCGGAUUGAGGCGAAUCUACAUGACCACAAGGACUUAAAAGCACAUUGGGAAUUGGGCAUUCCAAAUUAGGGAGAAAAGGGGACAAAUCCAAAAAAACAAAAAAAAAAAGUAUUCCACUACAAAUGACUAAUUAUUUCUCUAAAAUUGUAGUCAUAUUACUUUAAAAAUUAUUUAAUUGAAAACGUUUCACAAUACUAAUUACUUUACUUUUAAGUUACUUUCUAAAACACUUUUCCGCUCAACAAAUUCAAAAUAAUGUAUUUCUUCAUUGUUCAUUGUACACACAAGUCAUACACUCAACACCUCACAUUUCUCCUUCACAAUUAAUCGUUACGGGGCCAUAAUUCAUGUAUUCUACAUAAAAAAUAUAUUAGAAAUAAGCAUAACUCUAUAAUGUACUUAAAAGUAAUUAAAUUAAUUGCAGUCAGUAACUGUAAUCUGAUUACAAGAAUUUAAAAUGUAAUGCAUUACACUACUUUUUUUUACUAUAAAAAAGAUUACAGUAACUAAUUACUUUGUAAUUGAAUUACACCCAACACUGAUCAAGUGCAGCUCAAAGUAAUUAAAAAUUCAAAGAAAGUGACUGCAUUAAUAUAAACAAAAUUAUUAAAAAAAAAAAAAUAUUUACAUUUAAAAUGUGAUAAAGAAAUAAGACAUUCAUCUUAGUAAAUGAAAAAUAAAAAGGAAAAAUUUGCACAUAUACCAUUCCUCCAUAUCAACCAAAUGUUAAUGAAAAAUAAAUAAAUAAAUAAUAAUAUUUAUAAUAAUAUAUAAAGUAUAUAUAUAUAUAUAUAUAUAUAUAUUCCUCCACAUCAACCAAAUGCUAAUAAAAAAUGAAAUCAAUAAAUAAUAAUGAUAAUAUAUACUGUAUGUGUGUGUGUAUGUAAUAUAUAUAUAUAUAUAUAUAUAUAUAUAUAUAUAUACUGUAUAUAUGGAUGCUUGGACAAAACAAAAAACAUAAAAGUAGUACAUUUGACACACACUAUAUUACAAGCUUUGAGUACGGAACAGACCGACAAAGUUGAUAAUCUUCACCAUAUUGCCCAAAUUCGUAUCCAAAUUAAAAAAGUGCAUCAUUGAUGCCAAAAAGCCAUUGGUUCGCAUGUGUGUAAGAAUGCAAUAUGCUAUUUUGUGGUCCUUUGAAGAAGAAAAAAAACAACAACAGCAUAUUGGUUUUGAACUUUUUGAAAAUGAGUAAAUUAGUCCGAAUUUUCAUUUUUGGGUGAACUAUUCCUUUAAACAGUUUUACAACCUCAUCCUCCAGAAUGCUGGCUGUUGCACUGAUCAAUCCCGUCAAUGAAAGAAACGAAAUUCAUAUCAAUCUUUGCUUUGUCAGCUCAAGCACACAGCACAUAAAACUCUAAAAUAAAACACAAUAUGUGACAAACCCCAUUACUUCGACAUACUCCACUACAAAACAUUUGAAGAAUUGUGCUGAGGAUGUUGCUGGACUGGGAAUCCAAUCAGUGGACAUUUGUGAUGAAAGCCUAAAGUAGCGUUCACACUGACGGUGAUUUGCAGCAAAAACGCCAUCGCAUGUCAUUUAUUUUCAGUGAGAACUGGCGAUUUGAGGCAACAAAGACCUUUGAUUUAAUCGCUGUCAGUGUGAACGCACCUUAAGGAAACAUUAGACAUCCUUUAGAAACACAUCUGUGUGUAGGUGUAUGGAUGAAGUAUUGGCAAAAUGUUUGAUGGUUUUUCAGUUAUUUCCUCAGAAGCUUAAUCAUGUAAAACCUCCAUUUUGGGCAUAUGUUUCAUAAUAGCACUUUUCAGAAGAAUAAUAUGCCUUUUGUUUUGUCAUGUUAUUUUUAACUAUUUUUGUGAAAGUAACUUUGUUAUAAAUGGUUAAGAUGUCAUAUUUAGCUCUUUAGAUGAUUUUUUAGCAUAUAUACACAAUGCUAUAUGUGUGAUAUUUUCUACAGGUACACUUCGUAAAGUGUUGUUAUUGUUGUUUUGCUUUAUUGCACAAAAUAUCAAAUUGUCAGUCUAAGGCUUCAGCCAAACAGUGAAACAAAAAGGUCACUUCCAACCACGUACACCUUACUUGCCCCAUUUAUCAAGCAAAUAAGCAGGCCCACACGGACCUACAGAUUUCCGCAAAAUUGGAACACCCGUUAUUUAUGAAGUCCUACACAUCUCCUAUAUCUUGGGUGUUUGUUUUUUAACGUAUUUGGUUAUUUUCUUUAACACAUUUACUCUCACUUUCGAUUUCCAUGUUUAAAUCCAUUCCGCCGUUUUUUGUUUUCGUAUUUUUUGCCCAACAAAUCAGCUCAGAGUAUGGAGAAACAUCUGGAGUUUCUGUCUGGGCCUGUUUAUAAGGUUUCUAAAAGCUUCAGUGUUCAGUCAAAUUGUGUAGAACUGGGUGUCCCGAGUGGGGACGCUACCAUUAGGUCCUCCAAAAUACUGAUGUCAUUCAUUUAUUUUGCUGCUGAAUCAUGGACUUAUAUUGUGAAUCUAUAUGAUUGCUCGAAUGGAGAACAUUAUCAUUGGGAGCCACAAACUUUUAACACCUCUCCUUUUCAUUUUCAUUGGUACCAUCACAACACCAUGUGUGUGUGUGUGUGUGAGUGACACUCCUGCAAUGAAUCUGUUGGAUAAUGCUGCUAAUGGACAGUGUAGAACCUCUGGUGGUGCAACAGACUUUCUUUCCUCCUUUUUCCUAACAUUUCAGACUGUUUUAAAGUUGGUAUAUGUGCACGUGUGUGUGUUUUUGGGGGUGGGGGGGGGGUUCAUGUGAGCCAUAUUGCUAAUGUAUAUGUAAUAGCACUGUUCAGUCAUGAAGUCAAUUUGUAGGCCAACCUGGAAGGCUAUUUCACCAUGGGUUCCUUCAGGAAUUUCGAAAAGGGUUUUUAUGGUGCGUUCAAGUCCUCCAGGGAAGUUCGAACUUAUGAGUUUGGAAAUCGUAAAUACGAUGUGAUGUGUAUUCAAGUGAUUUUGGUCAGAAAGAACAUAUCUGUUUUGCGGGUUUUACAUACUAGCGAAGGCAGGAUGCUUUUUUAGCACCAAUGCAACAAAAUUAAGAUCAAAGCGAUGUAAAGGGUGUGUAAUUAAUGCUUUUUCUACCUAUUUUUUUUUUUUCAUUCUAGUGCGGCUACAUAUAAUGAUGGGAAAUGUAGUUUUGUUGCAAACAUUUGUGGCUGCAUUAACCAGCUAAAUGAGUUUUAUUUUCUGGCAAGUUUUAUUUUUAUUUUUCAAUAACAGUACUAGAGGUAGACCGAUAUAUCGGCUUUUUGGAACUAUCGGUUAUGGCAAAAGUUUAUAGCGAUAGUUGCCGAUAGUUUUUUCGUCAUUUCCAAAUAGGCUUGUAUAUACUUAAAUAUAUAAUAAUCCCAUGUUAUGCAUUAAAUCUUAAUUUUUUUCUGGUUAUUAUUGUGAUUUUGAUUUAACAAAAAAAUUGCAUCUGGGAUUUUAUUCAUUUUGGACUCUUUGUCUUUGCCCACCAUAGUAAAGAAAGAAUAAGCAAUUUUUUUGACAUUCUUUAAAUUGAUUUUAAAAGCUAUCGGCCGAUUUAUCGGUUAUCGGCCUUUCCCCACCACCUUAGUUAUCGGUAUCGGCAAAAUCCACUAUCGGUCGACCUCUAAACAGUACAAAAAAUGCAUACAAACUUAACUGCACAGUGAAAAUCCUCAAGUAAAACUGAAUUAUUACCCAUUAUAAUUGGCUUCCACCAUGAUUCUUAAAUCGACACGCCCCAACUCGGAAAGUCGGGUCUCAAAGAAAAUCCCUAGUGUCCCACUCGUAAUUACGAUUUUGUGAUGGCGUUAAUGUGCGUUCAGUUCCGACAUGACUUGAACGCAUCAACUGUGUAAUGGUUUUCAAUUUAUGAGUAAAAUAAGGUCUGUGGUAAACAUUACUUUUACAUUUAGUUCCACAACGUAAAUUACAUACAGUCAUACCCCAAAUGUACAUUUUGAAGCUUUUAAAACAUAAGCUGCUAACAAACCAGAUAGCACACAUACAUCUCUGAGAUGUCUGUUUUUUUAUUUUAUUUUUUUUAUCCCCUUUUCUCCCAAUUUGGAAUGUACAAUUCCCACUUCUUAGUAGGUCCUCGUGGUGGCGUGGUUACUCACCUCAAUCCGUGUGGUGGAGGACAAGUCUCAGUUGCCUCCACUUCUGAGACCGUCAAUCAGCGCAUCUUAUCACGUGACUCUAUGUGCAUGACACCGUGGAGACUCACAGCAUGUGGAGGCUCAUGCUACUCUCCGCGAUCCACGCACAACUUACCACGUGCCCCAUUGAAAGCAAAAACCACUAAUCGCGACCACGAGGAGGUUACCCCAUGUGACUCUACCCUCCCUAGCAACCGGGCCAAUUUGGUUGCUUAGGAGACCUGGCUGGAGUCACUCAGCACACCCUGGAUUCGAACUUGUGACUCCAGGGGUGGUAGUCAGCAUCAAUACAUGCUGAGCUACGCAGACCCCCUCCGAGAUGGCUGUUUUAGAUCUUUUCAUCUGGAAAGCAUCACAAUCUAAUUAACAUCUGAUAAGCAUCUUAAAAACAUAUGAUUUACAAACAUUCUAAAUCAUAAACAUCUUAAAGCACCUGCUGAAUGUCUAAUUGACAUCUGAGACAUACUUACUGACAUACGUCUUAUAAACAUCUUGCAGAUAAGCAAACAACUUUAGAAAUACGUCUUCCAGAUGUAAACAGACACAUCGAAUAGAUGUCUGGGUGAUGUACUUGGUUGCUACAUAAGACCUACAACUGCUCUCCGAUUCACUAAGAAUGCAAACUCACAUCCAUGUGGUAGUUGUAGUUCAUAUUUAGCAACUUGCCAGCAAUGUACGUUUUUUAAACACACAGUGGCUUCAAAAUUCAUGUUUUGAGGUGUGGCUUUGUGUAAUUUCAAAACAUGAAUUUCAAAGCCACUGUGUGUUUUGCAAAACGUGAAUUGCUAACAAGUUGCUAAAUAAGGACUACAACUACCACAAGGAUGUCAGUUCACAUGCUUGAUGAAUCAGACAGCUGUUGUAGUUCUUAUGUAGCAUCUUGUUAGCAUCUUUCGUUUUAAAAGCACACAACAGCUUUAAAAUGUACAUUUGAAGUAUGACUGUGUGCAAUUUAUGUUUUAGAACAAAACGAUGAAGUCUCUUGAAGUACUGUUGACCACAGACCUUAUUUUACUCAUAAAUCAAGAACUGCUAUUCAGAAAACUGAUAGGAUAUUCCACAGGGAACACAAAGCUUGAAAAUGCUAAUUAUCAUCUAGGUUUUAGGACUACAAACUGAACAGCUCUGUAUGGUGCAACUUUUUGGGAGAUGAUGGAUGCCACCACAGCAGUGGGGAGGGCCGUGGGGGUAUUGAGAUGUGAAACAGACAGCAUUCCAGCCAUAAUGAUGUGUGACAUUGUGUUCUUAUUGUUUCUGUAAUGCCAUCCUGUGAUAAUGGCCUGCUAUUGCUAAUCAUGUUUAUUUUACUUUAAUGUAUUUUACAAACUACUGUUGUACGUGUAUAGCUUAAGACAGACAGAAUCAUAUAUAUCUAUGUGUAUGCAUGUGAUUCCAUCAUGAAAACCUGCUGCCAUGGCUGAAAAUUCAUUUUGUCUCCUAAUGAUGACAUCAUCCAAAGAGAAUGUUAUUUAUUCACUGGCUAGUGGAGUCAGGUUUGUGUAAAGGAAGGAGAAUGGCAGGCUGUUGGCAGUUGUGUAUAUGUGUCUGAUAGAGAAUUGUGUGUUUCUGUGUGUGUUCAGACGACCUUUGCUGCUAUGUGAGGAGAGGAGAGAUUUGGUCCAGUGUUAAUACUGUCCACAGUACUGAGUGAUCAAUAAACAUACAAGAAGGACUCACUUUAUCAAUUGUGUGUCAGUUGUGUUUGUGGAUGUAUGUAAGCAGGUGUGAACCACUGACAUUUGUAUUUAAAGGUGCACUCAGUAACCUUUGUCUUUGUGUCAUCUUGGACGUACACUGACACCUAGUGGCUUGGAUGCAGCAUCAUUUAAAAUUAAUAGUUUUCAGUUUCAGAUGCCGUUGUAGAAAU